GUCGGACUAUCUGAUACACGGAUCCUCACACCUUACUUGUGAAUGCAGUCAUUUUGCGACGUCACUGGACUUGGUCGCUCCUAAAAUUCCACAGUUUCUUCGUGAUUAGUGACUUAACGAAAAGAUGGCUGAUAUUAAGAUGAUAUUUAUAAGAUAGCGAGUGUACCUGUGGCCUCACUUGCCACGGAGGAGGCACAGAUCUAACACUAUGCACCGGGUAUUGGCUUUAUUGGCAACCUUCCUUUUUACCACAGAGGCGUUCCUGGGCGGUGGUCCAGCGUGGAAUGGCCUUCGAGUGACGUUCGGCAACCCUCUCACGUCUUUUAAUGCGGUGCCGAGGACCGUAAAAGACGCAGUGGCUGACGAUUUCAAGUUAAUUUCGGCGUGCGGCGCUUCCAAAAACAUAAUUGGCAAUCGGUACAUGAAGGACGGGGACGAGGCUGUUAUACUUAUCUUUGAUAAGAAUGGUUACAUCGCUGGGAUAGAAGCUGGGAUUCCCAGCCUUAACAGCAAUCCCUAUCCGUACCAAGAGAUCAUGAAGUACUUCAGAGAAGAGAGUGGAGGUUACAAAAUAACGGCCUACUUCGUCAACCCUGCCACUAUCUGUUCCACCGGCCGCACAGAAGCAGAAUUUAACCAGCAAGGGACCGGUACGGGGCUCUACAUUCAGACAGGCCCGAACCCUGCCUCUGAUUACAUCACCAUUCCAUUGAAGGAGAGCGAGGUCCAGGGUACGAAGUGGACUUUGGGGAAAUGCUUCUACGNGACCUGA